AUGUUUAUGCUUUAUAAGGCUGUCUUAUGUGAAAAUGAGAAUCAUGCUCAAGCCAUUUACUGCGAUGACAUGAUCUUCUUGGAGGAGGCUGAUAAGGUUUACCCUUUCAUUUGUGGAAAGAAGACAUCAUUUGGAAGAUUGGUGGAUUUGUGA